AUGGCAUUCUCAUAUGGAACUCAACAGUACGCUGCUACUAAAGAUGAUAUGGCUGAUGCUUACGAACUCGGCUCAGCAAUGGCCCGAGAACAAUUAUCAGCCGAAGAUAGACAUCUUCUAGAAAAUAUUGGAGACGACGCAGUGAUUGUUGUACCGGGUACAUAUGAUCAUAUACAUCAAGUUUUAACAAGCUUAAAAAUUCCAUUUAAAACAGUACAUCAAGAAGAAUUAUUAACGUAUCCUUUACGCCCAGCAGAUCAAACAGUUUAUGUUAAUUGUGCUAGUUCAUUUCCAGCUGCUGUUGCUCAUCGCCUACGUAAAUUUGUUGAUGACGGUGGACAAUUAAUUACAACAGAUUGGGCUUUGAAAAAUGUUCUUGAAGUUGCAUUUGGUGAAUUCGUUCGUCAUAAUGGUCAAAUGACGGGUGAUGAAGUUGUUGGAAUACAAGUCAACGAUCCAACAAAUCCAAUUGUCGCUGGAUUUUUACCAGCUGCAAAACAUGUUGAUCCACAAUGGUGGCUUGAAUCAUCGUCAUAUCCCAUUGAAAUAGUCGAUGCACAACGUGUACGUGUCUUAAUUAAAUCGAAUGAAUUAAAUCAAAAAUAUAAUGCAUACGCUGUACUUAUUACGUUUGACUGUGGCAAAGGUAAUGUUAUACAUAUGAUAUCACAUUUUUAUUUACAACGUUCCGAGACACGUGGUGAAAGACAUAAAAUGUCAUCAGAGCAAUUCGCUAUGGAUAUGAAUGUAUCAGACGGAAUUAAAGCUAAAGCUAAACAAAUGAGCCAUUUAAAUUAUGCUCAAGCACAGUCGUCGGCAACAUCAUCGGCAUUUAUAUAUAAUCAAUUAGCUGAGCUUUUCUCACAAUCAACAAUUGAAAGAAUGGAUUAUGUAGCGACAACUUCAUUUCGUGCACCAGAAUUUAAACGAAUCGAUGCUCCUUGGAUUGGAUUGCUCAUUUUAGGAAUUAUUAUUUUUCUCUCGUCUAUUAUUAGUAUAGCUAUUGUAUUUUUACUAUGGCGUUACUUUCGACUACGUGCACAACUUACUAAUCAAACUCAAACUCAUACGCUAACUACUAAUACGGCAACGGGUAAACGACCAAUACCGGUACAAAUUGAAGAGGAGCAACCACCAACAAUUUACGAAACACAAAAAAUGGAAGUAUUUGUUCCAACGAAUACUGACGAAAGAAGUCACGGACGUUAUCCAGUACGUGAUGAUAUUGAACAAGUUCGUCGAUUCUAUGAAAGAACAACAAAAGCUUAUUUUUAA